AUGGAACAUCCUGUUGAAGAUUGGGAAAUGAAUGGUAUAGAUUUGAUCAUGGAAUUUCAUCUUUACGUCUACAUUAGCGAAACAAAUCCUUUGGACCUUAUUGCUGGCUAUCUUAAUGAACCUUUGACAUCUCUUGAAGAAGCUCUUCAACCAUUCCAUGGUCAGAUUGAUCAAUUAGCUGACAAUAUCAAAAAAGCUAAAACAGAAUUUUACUAUCCAUCAGAGCAUAAGCGCAUACGUGAUGGACCAGCUGUUAUCUAUAUUUACACAAUGAAAUGGAAAAAUAGAUGUGUCUAUGGUCAUUUGGAAGUAGCAUGGAAGUCUAAGGAUCGAUCAAAAAUGAAGCCAUGGCUCAUAUAUCUUCGAUUGUUCAGAAGUGCACUUGAUAAAUUAUCUGAUAUAGAAAAAGAAAUUUGGCAAGAAAUACUUUAUGACGAAAGUCUCUUACAGAAACUAAAUUCAAACACGGGAGCACUCUAUUCUUACCUGAGCUUAUGUUUAUUAUCGCCUAAUGAAAUUAAAGAUUAUCUUCAGAAAAAUGCUGGUAACAUAGUAUUGCUUAUUGGUCAUAAAUCUGUAAAUGGAAAGUCAAUAACUGAGUAUUCUGAUAACAAGAAAAUAGCAUAUCUUAUAUGGCCUGGUACGAAAUUAGGUGUAUUUAAGAGCAAAAGAAAAAGCUGUCCACAAUAUCUUCUGGUAUGA